AUGGAUAAAUCAACCAUCUCUCCGCAAAUCAAUCAGGAUUCCGUAUACUCUGCGUCAUCCAGCUCGGACGAAAGCGAUGACAGCCGCUUCCUGUCCGCAUCGACGAUAUCCUUUCGUCCAAGCCAUCACCACUCACUGGCACGCAGGCCGUCUACUUCUUCAAUUAGCUCAUACGCGUCAUCAACAUCCUCACCUCCCCAGACACCGAUCUCUUCUUCCUCAUCGCCGUCUCACUUUCAAUCCGGUCUGACAACUCACACUCAUCCCACUUAUCCAUCACUCGGCUCAUCAGGGCUUAGCGCACACAAUUGGACUCUGUCCGGUGGUCUCACAACGUCUGGUCGUUGGUUUAGGGAUUCUCUCGGUCGGACAUGUUUACUUCGGGGUGUGAACAUGUGUGGUAACUGCAAAAGUCCAAUGAAAUCGUCUAACGGUACGCAUGGAACAGACGAAUUUUUUGACCAUCGGAAUGUAUCAUUCGUUGGAAGACCAUUUCCGUUGGAAGAGGCUCAUGAACAUUUCGCAAGAUUAAGAUCUUGGGGGUUGACUUUUGUACGACUUCUUGUACCAUGGGAGGCUUUGGAGCAUGCCGGACCCAUUAUCGAAAUGAUGCCUCGAUAUGGAAUAAAGUGCUUUAUUGACCCGCAUCAAGACACUUGGUCUCGUUUCUCUGGUGGGUCAGGCGCGCCAGGAUGGACAUUUGAGGUCGCUGGUCUUGAUAUUACGAAAUUUCAAGUAACCGGUGCUGCUCAUAUCCAUAAUAUUCAUUUUCAUAAUGAUCAUCUCGAAUCGGGGAGCUCAGAGCCCAUGGUUUGGCCCACAAAUUACACCAAGCUUGCUAGCUCUACUAUGUUUACAUUGUUCUGGAGUGGAAACACAUUUGCGCCAGAGCUUGAAUACCAGGGAAAGCAAGUACAGGACUUUUUACAAGAUUGUUAUUUGAAUUGCUAUUCGCAUUUGGCAGAACGAGUCCAACAGUUGGAGGCUGUAAUCGGAUUCGAAGUCAUGAACGAGCCGCACCAAGGCUACAUAGGUCUAGUCGACUUGACACGUUACAACUCGGUCCAUACACUAGUCUUUGGUGAUUCUCCAUCCGCUUUUCAAUCGUUCACAUUAGGGGACGGCAUUCCGACAGAAAUUGAAGUCUGGAUCAAGUCUUGGCCAUACCCAACGCGCAAACAUUCCACCCGAGUCGUCAAUACCGAAUGCGAGUCUGCCUGGCUUAACCGUCGCCAAUGUAUAUGGCGUCGCCAUGGCGUCUGGGAUAUAGAUGAAACAACAAAAAGUCCAGUCCUUUUACAGAAAGAGUAUUUCACAAAAGAUCCACAAACGGGAAAGCCUGUAGAAUUUUAUGCAGAUUUUUAUUUGCCGUUUGUCAAUAAGUAUAUAAAGGCCAUACAGAGUGUGAAAGAGAGUUAUUUGGUUUUCGUUGAACCUCUGCCUAAUGAGCCACCACCAGUAUGGACUCCAACAGAUAACUCUCGUAAUGUCAUCUACGCUCCGCAUUGGUACGAUUUAAAAUCCGUCUUCAACAAGGCAUUCGACGGAUUGAUCACUCAUGAUGUUCAAAGUCUAAGCAAAGGGAAUAAUGUCAUAUCCGCUACUUACUUUGGACUCAAAGGCGCCAAGAAUAAUUACACGGGUCAAGUGAGAAAUACAGUCAAUAAAGGGUUGAUCAAUGUUGGAGAGAAACCGUGCGUCAUAGGGGAAUGUGGGAUACCAAUGGACAUUAACGAGAAAAAGGCUUUCGAAACGGGAGAUUAUACGCAUCAUAGCAACUUUUUGGACGCCGUUUUGUGCGCCAUGGAGAGAAAUCUCGUUAAUUUCACCCUUUGGAACUAUAAUCCAACAAACGAUAACACGUAUGGCGACCACUGGAACGGAGAAGACUUUUCCAUCUACUCUCCUCUGCCAGAAUCCAAGAAAACGAAUUUCACUACUCAAACAAUAACUAUUACGGCCACGACAAUAUCAGAAGAUGAUAAUAAGGAAACGGUCAAACCCAAGUCUGUUAAAAAAGGAUUAAAAGUACAGACCAUGUUCGAUACUGAGAGAGAACAUAAACAAGAGAGAGAUACAGACAACAAAUAUGGAACAGAAAAGAGUCCUACUAGUCCGUUCGAGUUGAUGCAGGUACAUUUUUGGGAUCAGGAGGAAGAAAACGAUGAGGAUCAUUAUCAUCAUAUUGGAGGAAGAGUGUUGGAUGCAGUGUUGCGUCCCUAUGCAUCAAAAGUCCCCGGUAUACCUCAAAUAACUCAUUUCAACCUUCGAACGCUCGAAUACAAGUUCCAGUUUACCAACUACUCACGGGGCGCACACCCAUUUCCUUCCAUUUCACUCUCACCCGAGGUUGAGAUUUAUAUACCCAAUUAUCACUACAAGCAGCUCCAUCUCGAUAUUCGCGUGUCAGAUGGUGACUGGCGAUAUGUUAGAUCCCGUCAGACUCUGUAUUGGAGAGUCAAGGACUGGACGACUGAAGGCAUCGAACACAGUUUAAGGAUCAGGAUUGUAGACAAUAAUGAUAAGCAACUGGUGAAGACUGUGGAUGCAUGGAAUAAGCGUCGAUUCAAUAGACAAGAUGGGAAGAAUUGUUCGCCAUAUCUCAUUGCGGUAGCCGGUGGGAGUGCUAGUGGGAAAACUAGUGUUGCCCAGAGAAUAAUCAAAAAUCUCAACGUCCCGUGGGUUGUUCUGCUGAGCAUGGAUUCAUACUACAAGCCACUUACUCCCGAACAACUUGAAGCUGCCAUGAAUAAUGAUUACAAUUUUGAUCAUCCCAACGCAUUCGAUUACGAAACGCUAGCACAAACUUUAAAAGAUCUCAAGGAAGGGAAGCGAGUGGAGAUACCUAUCUAUGAUUUCACAACCCAUUCUAGACGCCCAGAGACGUCAACCAUUUAUGGCGCCAACGUUAUCAUCUUUGAAGGCAUUUUUGCUUUAUACGACAAAACCAUCACAGAUCUUAUGGAUUUGAAGAUCUUUGUGGAUACCGAUGCGGAUAUUCGGCUGGCUAGAAGAUUAAAACGAGACAUAAACGAGCGAGGACGCGAUAUCCAUGGUGUACUCCAACAAUACGGACGGUUCGUUAAAUCAUCAUUUGACGAUCAUAUUCUACCAACAGUAAAGAACGCGGAUGUGAUUAUUCCACGAGGCUUGGAGAACCAUGUUGCAAUAGAACUUAUCACAAAGAACGUCCAGAAGCAAUUGGCGGAGCGCAAGCUAAACUUUCGAUGGGAUUUGGCAAGGAUAGAGUGUACGGAUGAGAUACCUGAAAACGUGAUUUUGUUGGAAGCCACGCCUCAGUUAAAGGGAAUACAUACAAUCAUUCGUGAUUGUACCACAGCGCGAGACGAUCUUAUUUUUUACACUGAAAGGCUUGCAACGCUCGUGGUUGAACGGGGUCUGGCAGAGCUGCCUUUUCGUCAUCGUAAAGUAAUAACACCUCUUAAUAUUGAAUGCGAUGGCAAGGUCCUGGAUGCUCAGAUCUGCGGAGUAUCUAUCCUUCGUGCUGGUGGUACUAUGGAGACAGGCCUCCGUCGAGCCAUAAAAGAUGCACUCAUAGGAAAGAUGCUGAUUCAAUCUGAUCCUCAAACUGGUGAGCCACAGUUACACUACAUUAAGCUCCCAUCUGCUAUUGACAAAUGUCAUGUGUUUCUUAUGGAUGCACAAAUUGCAACGGGCGCGGCUGGUCUGAUGGCUAUUCGAGUUUUAUUGGACCAUAAUGUACCAGAGGACAAAAUUAUUUUCUUGACAUUUCUUUCUACUUUCCAAGGAUUACAUACAAUUUCCAAGGCCUUUCCAAAGGUCAAGUUGUGUACUUCAAUGGUAGACCCCAAAGUCAGCGAGCAUACACUUUACGUUGAACCUGGAAUGGGCAACUUUGGAGAUCGAUACUUUGGUACGGAACCUUAA